UAUUCCUUUUCAUUGGAUUAUUGCUUUCCAAGUAUGAAAAAGAAAUCCAAAGGCCUCUCUCCAGUUGUACAAACUAGGGAAGAAGUUGUGGAGCAUGUGAAGGCCCGCUUGCAGGAGGAGGGUCGAGAAGCACGGAAUCUUGUUGCUUAUUCCCUCCCCUUGCAAGGCUUCUCAUCUUCUUCUUCUUCUUCUUCAUCGUCCGUUGAUCAACUCAUGGCGGGAGGAGACCAGCACAAACAAGAGCUCAAGCCAGGAGCCAGAGGCAGCGAUGAACAGGCAUCUUCAUCCAGAACAUAUUUCAUAAACCCUAAUGUUGGUUACAGCUAUUCUGCUGAGAGUCCUUCAGGAUCUUCUCGGCUACUGCCUCAUUCCAUCCCUGAGUGUCCAUCUGAAGACCCUACCUAUGAUUCAAAUAAUGAAGAAAUGUCUAAGUGCACUGGAGCUUCAGCUUCUCUCCCUCCUCUUUCUCCAACUUCUCAAGCCUCACGUACGCCUUUGCUGUCUCCAACUUCAUCAGUGAUGUCAUCUGAGAGUCUCCCGCGCAAUCACAGACUUAAAGUUCAUGAUGUUGGAAUGGGAGAAUCUUCUCUCUCUAGAAGAGGCUCCACGAAGCAGGAGAAACGAUCAAGAUCUGUUUCAGCUGGACGAAAUCCUCAUCAAUGCUUGCGUGCUCGGCACUGGGGGUUCCUUUUUCGCAACCUCCAGCAAGCUGUUGACCAGAUUUACCAGACCUGUGAGACUGACGAGUCUGUCAUCGAAUGCAGAGAAGCCAUUUUGAUGCUUGAGCGUUACACAAAAGACUUCCGUAAGCUCAUCGAGUGGCUGCAGAUCAAGUGGGAGUAUGAGAACACGCCUCCCCCACAGCGACCAACCUCACUCGCCUGGGAGGUCAGGACGCGGUCACAAACAAAGGAACCAAGGCCUCUAACUUUGAAGGAUGUCCGACGAGCGCUUAACUUUGACUUGGUGAGACAAGCUUCAUCGGGCAAUGCAAGCGACAGCAACUCUAACAGAUCUUUGUCUACAAGUAUUGCAGACAUGACCAAAGUCCAUCAACUGGCUGCUGAACUUGCAGCUGAUCUAUCCCUUUCCAACAGACUAAAUCUCGCUGCUAAAGUGGAUAAAGUUUUAUCUGACCACACUAGCUUGGAAAAUUCACCUGGAGCGAGACUGGAAUCUGCAUUUUCUGACCUUGUCUUGGAAGACGUUGGAGUUAGCGAUGAUGGAACCUCGGAUUCCAAGUCAAAAGUUCACAAAACUGAUAAAAAUUCAACUGUAUUCAACGAGAAACCAAAGUCACCGAAGCAGAAGUCUCCCAAAAUAAAUACUGGAACUUCAGGGAAAGUUAGCAGUUCGAGUCAGAAUGACAUAAUAAUUAACAAAUCAACGUCUGAAGGUAUCUUUAAGGUGCCUGCCUUGCCGAAAAAAUCGAAUAAACUCAAAUCCAAAACGUCUGAGUCCAAAAACAACAUUCCAACUUCUCAAACUCAAUUUAUUUCUGCUGAAGAAGGCACGAAAAACGUUCCCGUAUCGUUUCCUGUCGAGAACCGAAAAACUGGAGAUUCUCUUGCAUCGAACACCGAUAUAAAUGGAAAACUUAAACUUCAUCCCACUGCUGAUAUUAUUGGUACAAACGAUACAGCGACGGUAACAUCUGGUAUUUUAGAAGCUCGGGAGGAUAUGUCUUCGACUAUCAGUAAAGAUCCGACUGUCAGAAAAGAUCCGACUGUCAGUAAAGAUGUCGGAGAAAAAGAAUGCAAUAUUCAAGCUCCUAAGGUUGUUUCAAAAAAUAUUCUAUCUUCAAAUGAAUAUUGUUCUGCAGGAAAUGAAAAAGUAACUAACGAAGCUCCCAAAGAAGAUUCUGCCUGCAAAUCGAUUAAAGAAUCUAAACAAGUCAGUGUUUCAAAAAGUGAAACCACGUCUCCUACAUCGGAAGUUUUGCAAUGUGAACCGAAUCCCUCAGACACUUCAGCGCAAAGGAUAGAAGCCACUACUUCUCAGUUAGAAACGCGUGAAAAACUUGCUGUUGGUCGUGAUACAGUAGUUGAAGUAGGAACCAAGGUAAAGGCCUCUUUGCCAGGCGAACCCAAAAGUAAUUCUAUAGUGGAUUCUAAAAUCAACACUAGCUUGGAUACUGUUACAAAAUCCGUAUUGUCUACCAAAACUGAAAAUAGAGCAACCGGUUCCAGCAGCCGAAUGGAAAACAAGAUCAAUUCUUCAUCCAAACAAGAUAUGAAAAAUUCCAGUAAACCUGAAUCAAACUCUUCAUCAAAACAAGAUGUGAAAAAUUCCAGUAAACCUGAAUCAAAUUCUGCAUCAAAACAAGAUAUGAAAAAUUCCAGUAAACCUGAAUCAAAUUCUUCAUCAAAACCAGAUGUGAAAAAUACUAGUAAGCCUGAAUCAAAUUCUUUAUCAAAACAAGAUGUGAAAAAUACUAGUAAACCUGAAUUAAAUUCUUCAUCAAAACCAGAUUUGAAAAAUUCCAGUAAACCGGAAUCAAAUUCUUCAUCAAAACAAGACAUGAAAAAUACCAGUAAACCUGAAUCAAAGGCAAACAGUGCUGUCAAAACUGACAAUAAAUGUCCCUCAAAAUCAGAGGCCCGAAAUAUCUCUGUCACCAAAUCAGAAUUCCGUGUUGCCGUGAACAGCAAAACUGAGGCUAAAAAAGACGGCGCUGAAGUGAAGAAAAACAUUAGUGAAGCGUCGACGUCUGUUAACGCAUCCAACAAACUAGCCGUCGGCAAAACUCCUGUUGUUACAAUGAACAAGGCGUGGCAGGUUCGCCAGGCCUUCAACCAGAGUCGCGCUCCCGUCAAGCAGCUACCACAGCCUGCCGGGAUAAGCAGCCUGGGCGCCCCCCACCGCUACAGUUCACCCAUGCACCCUCAGCCGUGGCUGUCUGGCUCAGCGGCUUCCUAUUCUGCCCACAUCAGACUCAGGGGAAACCCUCAGCAGCAGCCUGGGCGAGCUCGUCGUGGUGGCGGCGGCGGGGGCGGUGGUGAUGCCUUCACGCGACGCCCCGACAGAUAUGAAGUCCCAGAGAACGCCGCCCUUGUCCGCUCGCACACCACUCUAGGCACCUGCACGUCAGGCCGAUCUCACGGGGGGCGACAGACCGACUACCGCAGGAGUGUGGGCGACGCGCCUGCUGGCCACGGGACAUCUCUGCAGCCUUCGUGGGCGGACCGUGUGAGAGGACCGAGUGCUUCGUCGCCUUCGUCCAUCGUCCCGACCACCCCCUCGUCCUCUGCAUCCACCACCUCACUCCUCUCCUCACAAGGUCAGUGA